CUGCUCAAACUCAACACAAACAUCUCAUCCUCAGUAUCAUAAUUAUUAAGCUCUGUAACUUUGCCACUGCUACGAAAGGAACUUCAUCGAUCCUCGCAUUCGAUCGAACUUGAACUUCCAGCACAAAGAUGGUGGUUGAGGAGAACGAGAUGAACGCACAGGGCGUGGUGGAACACAAGAACCAUCACUCUCCAUUGUCAUCGUCACUUGGAAGACAAUCAUCAAUAUACUCUCUCACACUAGACGAGUUCCAACACAGUCUAUGUGAGAGUGGCAAGAACUUCGGGUCCAUGAACAUGGACGAGUUCUUAAGCAGCAUUUGGAACGCUGAAGAGAACCAAGGAAUAAUAAUAAAUUCUUCCAACUCCCAAACUAAUAACAACAUAGACAAAGGAACCACAAUGAUAAGGAAGCAACCAAGUCUACCUCGCCAACCUUCACUAUCCAUUCCUGCACCACUUUGUAGAAAAACAGUGGACCAAGUUUGGUCUGAGAUACAAAAGGAAAACAAUAACAGCAGCAACAACAACGUUCAGAAUACUGAUUCUGCCCCUCGUCAACCCACUUUUGGUGAGAUGACUUUGGAGGAUUUUUUGGUUAAAGCAGGGGUAGUUCGGGAACCAUGCGUGCAACCACCGCUCCCUCACUCUCAUCAUUACCCAAGUAAUAACGCUACAAUGACAAUGGGUCCUUCUUUUGUUGGAAGUCAUGUUAUUGGUGGUGGUGUAGUGAAUAAUGUGGUUGCACCUCCUUAUCAAGUUGGAGAGGUUUCUGGGUAUGCUGGAAAUGGUAAAAGGGAUGGUGGUGGUGGUGGGUACCCUCCUCCACAAGGGGUUUGCUUUGGAGGGGGUGGGUAUGGGGUAGCACCCUCCAUGGGAAUGGGUGCACCUGUGAGCCCAGCUAAUUCAUCUGAUGGGAUGGGGAAUGAGAACUCUGGUGGUCAAUUUGGGCUUGACAUGGGUGGUUUGAGAGGUAGAAAGAGGAUGGUAGAUGGUCCUGUGGAAAAGGUGGUGGAGAGAAGGCAGAGAAGGAUGAUCAAGAAUAGAGAAUCAGCUGCUCGAUCUAGAGCCAGAAAACAGGCAUACACAGUUGAGUUGGAAGCAGAACUGAACCAAUUAAGAGAAGAAAAUGCCCAACUGAAACAGGCGCUGGCAGAGCUCGAGAGGAGAAGAAAGCAACAGCAGUGUUUUGAGGAAGUGAACGUGAGAGUUCAAACCAAAGUUCAGCAGGCGAAAGAGAAACUGAGAGCGCUCAGAAGGAACCUGAGCUGUCCUUUAUGAAGAAACUGCAUGGUAAGCAGUGAACUCCUUGGAUUUUUGUGCGCACAGAAGAUGGUUAUGGUGCAUCUUCUUGUGUGGUUAAACAAAGACAAGUCAAUGACGCAAAUCAAGAGGGAAGAAUAAAAAUAAGUCAAAGCCAAUUGAAGAAACAGACAGAAUCAAAACGAAGGAAUUAUGAAUUUGAGGGCCAAGCUGCCAAAUUUCUCAAGUUCAAGAC